GCACGAAGCCACUGCACUUUCCAGCCAUCCGAACACAGUCUCCCCUCCUCCGGUCAGAAAUGCGAAUCUGUACGGAAAUCGGAAAAUAUGCUUGCAGCACUAGGAAAAGUAGCCUACAACUCUCCUCCGCACUCUCUCCAUGUGCAGCUCUAAAUGAAUCGCGUGUCUCACACACAGCUCUCGUUACCGGAAUGAUUCAACUCCUGGGGGAUGAGAGUGAACGGUCGCGGUACUUUGCAAAUGAGCGCUGCCGAUAAACGGUCCGGGUGACUGAGGUUGUUUAGCCGGAAUCUCCGAGCGUCACUACCACAGCUGUAUCUACAUGUGGCGGCUUUCACAUCUCCACAGCAUUUCGUUUUAAAAGGCUACGGGAGAGCAGGAACAAUAUACCUCACUAGGAACAUGGGCCAAUCUGGGACUUCAUUCUGUUUUUCUCUCGCUCUAAACCUCUUCAUCUUCCUCUUCGUUUUCUCCAAUGAGCUUAUGCCAGCUACUGCAGGCGGCUCUAAAACAAGCUUAGAUGUAGAUACUUCUCCUAACGAAACCUCUUCACAAGAGACAUGUGGUGGUAGUUUUGAGUGCAAAGAGGGAGUGAUCUUGCCAAUGUGGAUGCCAAACAACCCGUCUUUUGGGGAUAAGUUGGCCAGAGCCACUGUGUACUUUGUUGGUUUGUUCUACAUGUUCCUGGGGGUAUCCAUCAUUGCAGACCGCUUUAUGGCUUCCAUCGAGGUCAUCACAUCCCAGGAGAAAGAGAUCACCAUCAAGAAGUCAAACGGAGAAACCACAACCACUACUGUUCGUAUUUGGAAUGAAACAGUCUCGAAUCUUACUCUCAUGGCUCUGGGCUCAUCAGCCCCAGAGAUUCUGCUCUCCGUGGUAGAAGUGUGUGGACACAACUUUAACGCAGGCGAGCUAGGCCCAAACACCAUUGUUGGAAGUGCAGCUUUUAAUAUGUUUGUCAUUAUCGGUCUCUGUGUCUCUGUGAUACCAGAAGGAGAGCAUCGGAAGGUCAAGCAUCUGCGGGUGUUUUUUGUCACCGCUACUUGGAGUAUCUUUGCAUAUACGUGGCUUUAUCUGAUCUUGGCGGUGAUUUCCCCAGGUAUCGUGGAAGUCUGGGAGGGACUGCUUACUCUCUUUUUCUUUCCAAUUUGUGUCCUUUUUGCUUGGGUUGCAGACCGCAGACUUCUUUUCUACAAGUAUGUGUACAAACGUUACAGAGUCGGAAAACAAAGGGGGAUGAUCAUCGAGACCGAAGGUGAGCCGGAGCUCCAGUCAAAGGCGGAUAUCGAAAUGGACGGUGGGAUGCUUAACUCUCACGGCGAAGAGUUCUUAGACGGAACGGUGGAUAUUGAAGAUAAAGACAUGGAUGAGGAUGAGGCCAGAAGAGAAAUGGUAAGGAUAUUGAAGGAACUGAAACAGAAACAUCCGGAAAAAGAGAUGGAGCAGCUGGUUGAGCUUGCCAACUAUCACGUCCUCAGCCAGCAGCAGAAGAGUCGUGCUUUCUAUCGCUGCCAGGCCACUAGACUUAUGACUGGUGCGGGUAAUAUACUAAAAAAACAUGCUGCGGACCAAGCCAGAAAAGCACUUGGCAUCCAUGAACUUCGCUCAGAAGUCUCAGAUAAUGAUAUUUCGUCCAAGAUUUUUUUUGACCCUGGCACAUAUCAGUGUCUUGAGAACUGCGGGACUGUGGCUUUGAAUGUGGUACGACGUGGCGGCGACUUAACUAGCACUGUGUCGGUGGAGUAUCGUACUGAGGACGGCACUGCCAAUGCAGGAUCUGAUUACCAGUUCACAGAGGGUGUUAUAUUCUUCAAACCAGGUGAAACCGAAAAGGAGAUAAGAGUGGACAUCAUUGACGAUGACAUUUUUGAAGAAGACGAACACUUCCUGGUUCAUCUCAGCAAUGUCAAAGUCAUUUCUGAAGGAACCGACAAUGGGAACCCAGGCGCCAAUCAUGUGGAGACAUUAGCUGGUCUUGGCCUUCCUUCAACAGCUACUGUGACUAUCUUUGAUGAUGACCAUGCUGGCAUCUUCACAUUUGAGGAACCAAUGGUUCAUGUCAGUGAAAGCAUUGGUACGAUGGAGGUGAAGGUGGCACGGACCUCUGGAGCCCGUGGAGUUGUGGUAAUCCCCUAUAAAACAACUGAAGGCACAGCAAAAGGUGGAGGAGAGGACUUUGAAGAUACUCAUGGCGUCUUGGAGUUCCAGAACGAUGAGAUUUCCAAAACUAUUCAGAUCAAUAUAAUCGAUGACGAGGAGUAUGAAAAGAAUAAGAACUUCUUCCUGGAGAUUGGAGAGCCACAAAUGGUGGAAAUGAGUGCGAGAAAAGCUAUGUUGCUGCAUGAAUGUGGUGGAUUCGUGAAGACAGAUAAGCAGCUUUAUGGCAGGGAUGUGUACCGGAAAGUGCAGGGUAGAGACAAGCCAAUCCCCUCCACCAUUAUCAGCAUCACAGAGGACGGGGAAGAGGACACCCUGACUAAAAGAGAGAAGGAUGAGAGGCGUGUUGCUGAGAUGGGACGCCCGACUCUGGGUGAACAUGUAAAACUUGAAGUAAUCAUUGAGGAGUCCUAUGAGUUUAAGAGCACAGUCGACAAACUCAUAAAGAAAACCAACUUGGCCCUUUUGAUUGGAACCAACAGUUGGAGAGACCAGUUUGUAGAAGCCAUCACUGUCAGCUCAGGGGCAGAUGAUGAUGACGAGUGUGGGGAAGAAAAGAUGCCAUCUUGCUUUGACUACGUCAUGCACUUCUUGACUGUGUUCUGGAAGGUUCUGUUUGCGUUCGUGCCGCCCACUGAUUACUGGAACGGCUGGGCGUGUUUCAUCGUGUCCAUCAUGAUGAUUGGUGUCCUCACUGCAUUCAUUGGAGACAUUGCAUCCCAUUUUGGAUGCACUAUUGGCCUGAAGGACUCUGUAACUGCGGUUGUGUUUGUGGCGCUGGGAACCUCUGUACCAGACACAUUCGCCAGUAAAGUGGCAGCCACCCAGGAUCAGUACGCUGACGCCUCCAUCGGCAAUGUGACGGGCAGCAAUGCUGUGAACGUGUUCCUGGGCAUCGGAGUGGCCUGGUCCAUCGCUGCCGUAUACCACCAGGCAAAGGGCGAGUACUUCCGCGUGCAGCCCGGCACGCUGGCGUUCUCCGUCACCCUUUUCACCAUCUUUGCCUUCAUCUGUGUCGCCGUCCUCAUGUACCGCCGCAGGCCCGAGAUCGGGGGGGAACUUGGUGGCCCGCGGACUCCCAAAAUCCUGACCACAACGUUGUUUUUCAGUCUCUGGCUGAUGUACAUCAUCUUGUCCUCCAUGGAGGCCUAUUGCAUCAUCAAGGGUUUCUAAAUCAGGCACGAGAUGAUGCGCAGACAGGAGUCCGGCGUUAAAAUCCUCGUAAACAGGAGGAAAGGGUUCAAAAAAGGGGUUCAAAGCAUCCGCGGAGGAUUGCAGGUGUUUUAUUGUGCGUUGUUGUGUUAUCCACUGUAUGUUUUGUAUGUGUUUGAAUACACGUGUGUUUCUGCUGUCGAGGUUAUUCUAGUCUUCAAAGAAGAAAGCACGGACUAAAGGGGCUUUCUAAAGCUUUU